ACAAAACUUAUCUUCUUUCACUAAAGAGAAAAAGAAGCAAAAUGAAGGCUUUUAAUUAUGAGAAAAGUAACAAAAUGAAUUUUCAAACUGAAAUUCAAGAAUUACAAGAGAGAGUAAUUGGGAAAGAAGGCUUGAGAAAAAAGAUUCUGCAAAAGGGUAAUUCUUGGAAGACACCAUUUCAUGGUGAUGAAAUUCAAGUUCAUUACAGAGUGAAACUUCAAGAUGGGGAAUUUUUUGAUUCAAGCUAUGAUAGAGGAAAGCCUUUUACAUUCAACCUAGGACAAGGUGAAGUUAUUAAAGGAUGGGAUGAGGGAAUUGCAACAAUGAAAAAGAGUGAAAGAGCAAUUUUUACAAUUCCACCAAAUUUGGCUUAUGGAGAAAUUGGUUCGCCCCCUCUAAUUCCUCCAAAUUCAACACUCAUUUUUGAAAUAGAAUUGGUUUCUUGGAAUUCAAUUAGAGAUAUAAGUGGAGAUGGAGGAAUAUUGAAGAAAAUAAUAAAAGAAGGUGAAGGAUGGGCUACACCUAGAGAUGUCGAUGAAGUACUAGUGAAGUAUGUAGCAAGCUCUGCAGAUGGAAAAAUUCUGUCAAGAUCUGAUGAUGGUGUUGAGUUUUCUUUACUGGAAGGUUACCUAUAUCCAGCCAUGAAGAAAUCUAUAAAGACAAUGAGAAAAGGAGAAAUAGUUGAGUUAACUGUGAAGCCAGCUUAUUAUUUUGGAAAUUCAAGUUUUGAUGGUGAUGGAAUUGGAAUAUUGCAAUCAAAUUCCAAUUUGAUAAUUUAUCUUGAGUUGAUUUCAUGGAAAAGUGUUGUUGAUGUUAUCGGAGAUAACAAGGUUCUUAAGAAGUUAAUUAAGGCUGGUGAAGGUUAUGAUCAUCCUAAUGAAGGAUCCCGUGCAAAAGUGGUCUAUAUUGGAAAGCUACAAGAUGGGACUAUAUUUGAAAGAAAAGGAUCAGAUGAAGAACCUUUUGAAUAUGUAUGUUUAGAAGGGCAAUUAAAUGAAAGUUUAGAUAGAGCUGUCAUGACUAUGAAAAAAGGAGAAGAAGCCAUAGUGACAAUCAGCUUAGACUCUGUGCUUUAUGAGAUCAAAUUGGUUGAUUUCAACAAGGUGAAACCAUUUUGGAAAAUGGACACAAAAGAAAAACUUGAAGCAUGUGAAAAAAUUAAGAGUGAAGGAAAUGAACUAUUCAAAGAUGGGAAGUUUCAAUAUGCCUCAAGGAAGUAUGAGAAGGCCUCGAAAUUCAUCCAAUUUAAUCACUCAUUCAACAACGAUGAUAAGUGUCGAGCAAAUACUUUGCGAUUAUCGUGUUAUUUGAACAAUGCUGCUUGCAAGUUGAAGAUGGGAGAGCAUCAAGAAGCUUCAAAGCUAUGUAGCAAGGUUAUAGAUUAUGAUCCUUGUAAUGUCAAAGCUCUAUUCAGAAGGGCUCAAGCAUACCUAAGAAUCAAUGAACUGGAAAAGGCUGAAAUUGAUAUUAAGAAAGCUCUUGAAGUUGAUCCAAACAACAGAGAUGUGAAAAUGAUGUACAAGGAACUCAAGAAUAAGCAGAAGCAAUAUGCACAACAUGAAGUUGAAAUUUUUAGCACCAUGCUAUCAAGGUUGGCCUAGGGCUUUCACUUGAAAAGAUGUACAAAAUUGAAGACAAUUUUUUUAGCCAAAAGCUUUAUAAACUAGGAUGUCAAGUUACACUAAUAUUGUCAUGUCCUAACAUUGAAUAUUUGUUUUAAAAAACAUUGAGUAAUUCAAUAACGUAUUGCUCGUGAGUAAUAUAAAUGCUCAAUUAAUUCUUCUGCAUGAA